CUGCACUCUCGUCCAGCGACUAACACAUGCACAAAGCUCUGCAGAGAGGUCCGGAUAAAACUGCCAUACACAGUUGUUUGGUAAGAAGCAGGUGUCGAUCUUUGUUGAUUUAUCUACAUAUGGUAUCUCCAGAGCCCCACUGAGAAAAGCUGCACCCACCCUCGAAAAAAAUAAAUUGGUGUUAUACGAGAGACUUGGACGGGGGUAGGAGGAAAGAUUUGGAGAGAGGGCGGAUAGACUGAUUUAAUACACUAUUUGAAUUAGAUGUGUGUGUGUCCUGGCUAGACCUUUUUAUUUUGUUAGAAGGACUCUAAGUCACACAGACGACAAGCAGGGCAAGCGAUGGACACUCAGGAAGGGUCAAUAUGCGUUGAAAUUAAGAGGACCCGUCUGUGAUGAGAUGAACAUACUGCUGGAUUUGAAUGGACUGGAAUGGGUGACAUUUCUGCCAGACGUAAAUCUCCAGCGUGGUCGGAUAACACCCUGUUUAAAACUGUGUUCCUCCUCAUCAUCUGUGAGCAAGUGCACGCCCAAUGUAAAAUUGUAAAAUGCAACUCAGAGUAUCUGUCAGCCACGCUGAACUUGAGAGUCUCUAAUAAAAAUGCAGUGUACUGCAACGCCCUGCGUUCCUACUCUCAGUGCACCAGGAACACUGCCAGGACGUGUCGAGGAGACUUGGUUUACCACUCUGCCGUGCACAUCAUCGAGGACCUCAUGAUCCAGCACAACUGUUCCAAGGAAGGUCUCUCCACCCCUCCCAGGCGCCAUCCUCCGCAGUCGAUCCCUGAAAACCCUCCCAAACAGGCCUGCGACUAUGAGAAGGUCUUCCGUGAGAAGCAUGGGAAGGUGCCAAAAUAUUUACACUGUGGAGUUUUUGGGGAUCCCCAUGUACGUACUUUUGGUGGUGAAUUCCAGACCUGCCAAGUAAAAGGUUCAUGGCCUCUUUUAGACAAUGAGUAUCUGUUUAUUCAGGCAACGACCUCACCACUCAAUCAUCUGUCUAACGCUACAGUAACAAGCAAGCUGACUAUUAUCUUCAAAAACAUGAAGCAGUGCAUUGAACCGAAGGUCUAUCAGGCGGAGGUGGGCAACCUGCCAGCAGCUUUUGACGAUGGCUCAAUAAACGGAGGCCGACGAUCUGGUGGGAAAAGUCUGACCAUCCAUGAACGGGAGUCCGGAUACAUUGAGAUCCAGGCCUCUUAUAUCGGCACAACAAUUCGGGUGCGUCAACUUGCCAAUCAACUCUCCUUCUCUCUACGAAUAGCUGAGGAGAUCUCACAAGCCUUUCCAGAAGCGCAGGAUUUACAGCUGUGUGUUGGGGGCUGCCCAGCCAGUCAGUGGUUAUCAAGGACUAAGGACAUCGGUCAACCAACUCUCAAGAGCUUGGAUGCAGCCAAAUUACUGUGCAGGGAGAAGUUGCCUGUAGAGGACGUAUAUUUUCAGUCUUGUGUGUUUGACUUGGUGGUAUCUGGAGAUGCUAAUUUGACGAGUGCAGCAUAUCAUGCUUUGGAAGAUGCCAAAGACUUCCACCCUGAGCCCGGGACAUUACAUAUUUUCAGCGGAGGAGUCAAGGCAUCCAGUUUAGUUGUCCACUUUCUUCUUCUGGUCUGUGCAAUGACUACUGUGUGGAGUCUGUAGCCAUUUCUCUUUGUGUUUUUGCACUUGACUGCUCUCUGUGCAAAAGAUGACCGAUGUUGGAGCAGUCGUACAAAAUGUGAAUUUGUGAGAUGUAAUAGAAAUAUUGUGGAUUUUUGAUGAUCAGGAGAUAGAUGCACUAACACAUGAUAAUCUGUAGAACUUCCCUUACAGAUAGAAGAUUCAUCGACCUGUGUUAUUCUGUAGAUCCUGUAUACGAGAAUUAUGGAUAUUACCACUGGCAUUAUAAUAGGUAUAAGGUGAGGUGAAGCUACAACUGGGCUCUUGAAAUCCACAAUCCAUGCCCUGUAAAUCAAUCUACACUGGAUGACGCAGCAGAAGGAGCAAGAGAUUGGAGUUCCUGAACAC